CACCAUUCUGCUUAAUGCUACUCCGACGGAUCCAGGUCAAUGAGUGACUCCCUCCGGUCACCCUCUCUCUCACCUCCAGCCAGCCUGGAAUCCAGAACUCGGUCCUUGCCCUCCGGGAGCUGAAGGGAGUGUGCCAGGAAUGUGGAAUGGAUGAGUUUGGCUCCCCUCGAUCUGCCUGGGAAUCCCCGGCGGAGAAGGCAGGGACCUGCCCCGUGUCAGUUCCGGAAGAUGUGGACCAAAAAGACUGCAAGCAGUUGUGCGACAAGGACAGCAUCUGCCCAGAAAAGACGAAAUGUUGCAUGGUAGGCUGCAGUCGCCAGUGUGUGGCUCCCGUUCCAGAGAAGGCCGGUGAGUGCCCGAAGCCGCUGACCUGGGUGGCCCAGCCCUGCACCGAGAAGAGCGAGUGCGCCGACGACUUGGAAUGCGGCGACGACAGCAAGUGCUGCUUCAACGGCUGCGCGAAGAAGUGUAUCCCCCCGUACAAAGCCAACCCCGGCCGGUGUCCGGCCCCCAAGGCCUGCCUCGUCCAGAUCCCCAAGUUGAACAAGUGCCUGGACGACUUCCCCUGCCGGGAUGGCCAGAAGUGUUGUAACGUGGGCUGCCAUCUGGAAUGCGUGGAACCUCUGCCCGAAGAGGCUACUCCGUAAGCGGCCGGCUCAGAGGAGUCAAGCGAGCAGCCGCCCGGAACCUGAAGAUCAAAGUGUUCCCCCCUUCCUCUCCUUUCCCCCCCCUCCCCCGGGUCUGACCCCCGGUGGGGCUGGGCCACAGCCGCCCCCCCUUCCCG